GUUUUUAGUUUCUGGGGUCCCCGAGCUUCGGCAAGGUGAAGCGAGCGACCGUGACCCCCCUCGCCUCUCAGCCUCCCCGCGACGACGCCUCCACAGCUUGCGGAGGAGCGGAGACCGCGGUCACCGCUGGGCUCCACAGCGGAACGCCGCGCACUCGGAGCCGGCGCGGCUCAGCGGGUUUUGGCUUUUUGCACUGAAUGUAACCAAGACUGAUCGUCUCAGUUGCCCCAGGAUACUGUCAGAGGCAGCGUUUGUGUGUGUCUGCAGAGUUUUGCACAGAGUCUGUUCCCAUGCAAACCAAUGAGGGAGAAGUAGAGGAAGAAAGCAGCUCCCAGGUGGAACAGGAGGAUUUUGUAAUGGAAGGGCAUGGCAAGACUCCACCUCCUGGAGAAGAAAGCAAACAAGAGAAGGAGCAAGAAAGGGAAGAACAGUUAAUGGAAGACAAGAAAAGGAAGAAAGAGGAUAAAAAGAAAAAAGAAGCCACCCAGAAGGUCACGGAACAAAAAACCAAAGUGCCCGAAGUGACGAAACCAAGUUUAAGCCAACCAACGGCCGCCAGCCCAAUUGGCAGCUCUCCAUCGCCACCAGUCAAUGGUGGCAACAAUGCCAAAAGGGUGGCAGUGCCGAACGGACAACCGCCAAGCGCCGCCCGCUACAUGCCUCGGGAGGUGCCACCGCGAUUCCGUUGCCAGCAGGACCAUAAAGUGUUACUAAAACGUGGGCAGCCCCCUCCACCGUCCUGCAUGCUCCUCGGGGGUGGGGCGGGGCCUCCUCCCUGCACAGCACCUGGAGCAAACCCCAACAACAACGCACAAGUGACAGGAGCGCUGCUGCAGAGUGAGAGUGGGACUGCACCAGAGUCAACCCUUGGAGGUGCUGCUGCUUCAAAUUAUGCAAAUUCCACUUGGGGCCCGGGAGCCUCCUCCAACAGCGGCGCCUCCCCCAACCCAAUUCACAUCUGGGACAAGGUGAUUGUAGACGGGUCUGACAUGGAAGAGUGGCCUUGUAUUGCCAGCAAAGACACUGAAUCUUCUUCCGAAAACACCACCGAUAACAACAGUGCCUCGAACCCUGGCUCUGAGAAGAGCAGUCUGCCAGGAAGCACCACUAGUAACAAAGGCAAAGGGAGCCAAUGCCAGGCUGCAAGUUCUGGGAACGAAUGUAAUCUUGGGGUCUGGAAAUCUGACCCCAAGGCUAAGUCUGUUCAACCUCCCAACUCUACUUCAGAUAGCAACAAUGGACUAGGAAACUGGAGGAGCACGAGUGGUCAGGAUAGAAUUGGACCUGGCUCUGGCUUCAGCAACUUUAACCCAAAUAGCAACCCAUCUGCCUGGCCAGCAUUGGUCCAAGAAGGGACUUCUAGAAAAGGGGCAUUGGAAACAGAAAGUAGUAGUUCCAGUGCACAAGUUAGCACAGUAGGUCAGGCAUCCAGGGAACAGCAGUCAAAGAUGGAAAAUGCGGGUGUUAAUUUUGUUGUCUCUGGCAGAGAACAGGCUCAAAUUCAUAACACUGAUGGACCAAAAAAUGGAAACACUAACUCCUUGAACUUAAGUUCACCAAACCCCAUGGAAAAUAAGGGAAUGCCCUUUGGAAUGGGCUUGGGGAACACCUCCAGGAGCACUGAUGCCCCUUCACAAAGCACUGGAGAUCGAAAGACUGGGAGUGUUGGGUCUUGGGGUGCAGCUAGGGGGCCUUCUGGAACUGACACAGUCUCUGGACAAAGCAAUUCUGGAAAUAAUGGGAACAAUGGAAAAGACAGAGAGGACUCCUGGAAAGGAGCUUCUGUUCCAAAACCAACUGGGUCAAAAAGUGACUCUUGGGACAACAAUAACAGGUCUACGGGUGGGUCCUGGAACUUUGGCCCUCAGGACAAUAAUGACAACAAAUGGGGUGAAGGGAACAAAAUGACAUCUGGGGUCUCUCAGGGAGAAUGGAAACAGCCGACUGGGUCUGAUGAGUUGAAAAUUGGAGAAUGGAGUGGUCCAAACCAACCAAAUUCUAGCACUGGAGCAUGGGACAAUCAAAAGGGCCACCCCCUCCCUGAAAACCAAGGCAAUGCCCAGGCUCCCUGUUGGGGAAGAUCUUCCAGCUCCGCAGGAAGUGAAGUUGGAGGUCAAAGCACUGGAAGCAACCACAAAGCAGGAAGUAGUGACAGUCAUAAUUCUGGUCGUCGGUCAUAUAGGCCCACGCAUCCUGAUUGCCAGGCUGUCUUGCAGACUCUUUUGAGCCGGACUGAUUUGGACCCUAGGGUGCUCUCAAACACUGGCUGGGGCCAAACUCAAAUUAAGCAGGACACAGUGUGGGAUAUUGAAGAGGUGCCAAGGCCUGAGGGGAAAUCUGACAAAGGAACUGAGGGGUGGGAGAGCGCUGCCACACAGACCAAGAACUCAGGGGGCUGGGGAGAUGCACCCAGCCAAAGCAAUCAAAUGAAGUCUGGAUGGGGGGAGCUCUCAGCCUCGACAGAGUGGAAAGACCCCAAGAGCACAGGAGGCUGGAAUGACUAUAAGAACAACAACUCUUCUAACUGGGGAGGAGGCCGAGCAGAUGAAAAGACACCUUCCUCUUGGAAUGAGAGUUCUUGUAAGGAUCAGGGGUGGGGAGGUGGGCGCCAACCCAACCAAGGAUGGACUUCUGGGAAGAAUGGUUGGGGCGAGGAGGUGGAUCAAGUGAAAAAUAAUAAUUGGGAAAGUUCUGCCAAUAAGCCUGUGUCUGGGUGGGGUGAAGGAGGACAGAAUGAAAUUGGAACUUGGGGUAAUGGUGGGAAUACAAACCUAGCAUCAAAAGGUGGGUGGGAAGAUUGCAAAAGAUCCCCUGCAUGGAAUGAGACAGGCAGACAGCCCAAUUCCUGGAAUAAACAACACCAACAGCAGCAGCAGCCACCGCCACCACAGCCAGAGGCUUCUGGUUCAUGGGGAGGCCCACCCCCGCCACCUCAAGGCAAUGUUCGACCUUCUAAUUCCAACUGGAGCAGUGGACCCCAGCCUACAACCCCUAAGGAUGAUGAACCCAGUGGUUGGGAGGAGCCAUCCCCACAGUCAAUUAGUCGGAAAAUGGACAUUGAUGAUGGCACUUCAGCUUGGGGAGACCCUAACAGUUAUAACUACAAGAAUGUGAACCUUUGGGAUAAGAAUUCUCAAGGGGGCCCAGCACCUCGAGAACCAAACCUGCCUACCCCAAUGACCGGGAAAUCAGCAUCAGUCUGGAGCAAAAGCACACCACCUGCUCCAGAUAAUGGGACUUCAGCCUGGGGUGAGCCAAAUGAAAGCAGUCCUGGGUGGGGUGAAAUGGAUGAUGCAGGAGCAUCAACCACAGGCUGGGGAAACACACCUGCCAACGCUCCCAAUGCCAUGAAACCCAAUUCCAAAUCUAUGCAAGACGGCUGGGGGGAGAGUGACGGACCAGUCACAGGAGCUCGCCAUCCUAGCUGGGAAGAGGAGGAUGACGGAGGAGUCUGGAACACCGCCGGCUCUCAGGGAAGCACUUCCUCCCACAACUCAGCAAGCUGGGGACAAGGAGGAAAGAAACAAAUGAAGUGCUCACUAAAAGGAGGAAACAAUGAUUCAUGGAUGAAUCCUCUUGCCAAACAGUUUUCAAAUAUGGGAUUGCUGAGUCAAACUGAGGAUAACCCAAGCAGCAAAAUGGAUUUGUCUGUAGAUAAGAAAUUUGAUGUGGACAAGAGAACAAUGAAUCUCGGGGAUUUUAAUGAUAUCAUGAGGAAGGAUCGACCUGGGUUCCGUCCACCUAAUUCCAAAGACUUGGGAACCACAGACAGUGGGCCUUAUUUUGAGAAGGGCGGCAGUCAUGGUUUGUUUGGAAACAGCACAGCACAAUCGAGAGGCCUGCACACUCCAGUGCAGCCACUAAGUUCUUCUCCUGGUCUCCGGGCGCAAGUGCCUCCCCAGUUUAUCUCCCCCCAGGUUUCUGCCUCAAUGCUCAAGCAGUUCCCCAACAGUGGCCUGAAUCCAGGUCUCUUUAAUGUGGGGCCCCAGCUAUCUCCUCAACAGAUUGCCAUGCUGAGCCAGCUUCCACAGAUACCCCAGUUUCAGUUGGCAUGUCAGCUUCUCCUGCAGCAGCAGCAGCAACAGCAGCAGUUGCUACAGAACCAGAGAAAGAUUUCUCAAGCAGUGCGCCAGCAGCAAGAACAGCAGCUGGCAAGAAUGGUGAGUGCUCUCCAGCAGCAGCAACAGCAGCAGCAGCAGCAGCAGAGGCAGCCUAGCAUGAAGCAUUCACCUUCUCAUCCUGUUGGGCCUAAGCCACAUUUGGACAACAUGGUACCCAAUGCGCUGAAUGUGGGGCUCCCAGACCUUCCAACCAAAGGGCCAAUUCCUGGAUAUGGUUCUGGCUUCAGCUCUGGUGGCAUGGACUAUGGUAUGGUUGGUGGCAAGGAGGCUGGGACCGAGUCUCGCUUCAAACAGUGGACCUCAAUGAUGGAAGGGCUGCCAUCUGUGGCCACACAAGAAGCCACCAUGCACAAAAACGGCGCUAUAGUGGCCCCUGGUAAGACCCGAGGAGGUUCACCAUACAACCAGUUUGAUAUAAUCCCAGGUGACACACUGGGUGGCCAUACGGGUCCUGCUGGUGAUAGCUGGUUACCUGCCAAAUCUCCACCGACUAAUAAAAUCGGAAGUAAAUCCAGCAAUGCCAGUUGGCCUCCAGAAUUCCAACCAGGAGUGCCAUGGAAAGGUAUCCAAAAUAUUGACCCUGAAUCUGACCCCUAUGUCACCCCAGGAAGUGUGCUAGGGGGUACAACCACAUCUCCCAUUGUAGAUACUGACCACCAACUGCUGCGGGAUAACACCACAGGGUCUAAUUCCUCCCUCAACACCUCGCUGCCUUCACCUGGUGCCUGGCCCUACAGUGCCUCUGACAACUCCUUUACCAACGUUCAUAGCACUUCAGCAAAGUUCCCUGAUUAUAAAUCCACGUGGUCCCCAGAUCCCAUAGGACACAACCCCACUCAUCUCUCCAAUAAGAUGUGGAAAAAUCACAUCUCCUCCAGGAACACUACACCGCUGACCCGCCCACCUCCUGGCCUGACCAACCCCAAACCGGCAUCUCCUUGGAGCAGCACAGCACCGCGAUCGGUCAGGGGGUGGGGGACACAGGACUCCCGGAUUGCCUCGGCCUCUACCUGGAGUGAUGGUGGCUCUGUCCGUCCUAGUUACUGGCUGGUUCUCCACAAUCUCACCCCACAGAUUGAUGGGUCAACCCUGAGAACGAUCUGCAUGCAGCAUGGCCCACUGCUGACAUUCCAUCUGAACCUAACCCAGGGCACUGCCCUGAUCCGAUACAGCACCAAACAAGAGGCAGCCAAGGCCCAGACUGCACUGCACAUGUGUGUGUUGGGAAACACUACCAUCCUGGCCGAGUUUGCCACUGAGGAUGAAGUCAGCCGCUUUCUGGCUCAAGCUCAGCCCCCUACGCCUGCAGCCACCCCGAGUGCACCUGCCACAGGGUGGCAGUCCCUGGAGACCAGCCAGAACCAAGCAGACCCCGUUGGACCUGCGCUGAACCUUUUCGGUGGGUCCACCGGGCUCGGGCAGUGGAGCAGCAGCGCUGGUGGCAGCAGUGGGGCCGAUCUUGCCGGCACUUCCUUGUGGGGCCCCCCAAACUAUUCUUCUAGCUUGUGGGGAGUCCCGACGGUGGAAGAUCCCCAUAGGAUGGGCAGCCCUGCUCCUUUACUACCUGGUGACCUUCUGGGAGGAGGGUCGGAUUCAAUCUGAACUUAAACUUUCAACUCUGACCUCGUGACCUUUUUUGGAACAGCAGCAGCACUAACUUGACCUUUUCGUUUUUUUUUUCAACUUGCAAUAAAUACAUUUUUAAAAGGAAAAAAGAAAACGGAGAGAGAAAAAAGGUGGGUCAUUGACAGACUGUCUGAGCACAUAGUUGCCUCCCUUAAAACUUCAGUUUUUUCGUUUGGAAUAUGAAUCCAAAAAGAGAACAUAUCACUCUUGAAAUACUUGAAUCAUGAACGCCAACCUAGAAAGACAAUGUGAAGCAAGUACACAUACCAUUUAAAUUUAAACACAAAAAAAUUAAAAAAAUUAGUUUCUAGUUUUUCACUUUUUUCAUGUUAUAUGGAAGUUGUUGCUAAGAAACAUAUAUACUGAAAAAAUAGCUUUUUAACUUUGUUUGCACUGGGUGUGUUUCCGUCCUUAGGUCUACCAUGUUUGGGUGGGAGGGAAAUUCAAAAGAAUUGUUGGGGGAGGGGGGAGGGAAGACUUGACGGAGCCUCACUUUAAAAACAAAAACAAAAAAACUUAAAAAAAAAAAAAAGGUAAAAUUUUGUGAUUGGCUGGUUGAUAAAUACCAGUGUGUUCUGGCACAUGUAACUGCCCAGGCAUGCUCGUUCUGGUAUGUGUGUGCACGUGUGUUCAUGUGCAUUUGCGUGCAUCCUCCUCUCUGUCUCUCUUCGUGUGCCUGCGUCCUGCCCUCCUCGUCCUGCCUCGCCCCGCCCCACCCCCACCCUGAUUUCUCAGAAAGCUGCAUUGCUGACAGUUCCAAAGGCUGGCUGGCCGGCCAUCCGCUUUUCAUUAUUUCUGACUAUGAGAACACAGGAGCACAGGGAGCCGCUGCAACUCAAGCCACUUCUUCUGGCUGCCUCGAGAUGAAGGGUGCUUUUCAGUGACAGAGCAGCAGCCAGAAUGCGGGGGGGGGGGGGGGGGGGGGGGGGCGGGGAGGUCCCCAGCUUCUGUCGACCCAGCUGCAGAGCAGAGCACUGCCAAGGCCAGAGGUGUGACAGAAGGCCCCUCCCUCCAAGAAGCUGCUGCUCACCUCUGUGCUGUGAAGUAAGCAGCUGCCUGCCCGGCAGCAGGAGUCUAAGGACUGAGCUGGCCAGUUGGCUACUUUGAGUGAGAACAGACGAUUCAAUAAUUUUUAAAUCGUGUGAUGUUUUAAAAGCUGAAAAACAGUUCCCACUUUGCUGUGCUCGUCGGGUGUGAGAAUUUUUUGAAAGGAUUCAGGUAAUGCAAAUUCAAUUACUUCUAUCAGUUCUCAUUAUCAUGUGAGGAAGACAGUAAGUUAUGAGCAGCCUCCUGGAAGCAUCGCAGCGCCUCCCUCUCUGCUCCCCUCUCUCUCUCUCUCGCUGAGCAUUACCUGUGCCAGGCCGUGGCGUGUUACAGCACCAGGCCAUCACUGACAGAAACGUUUACUUAACGAAUGUUCUUAAACCAGUGUGUACUUCAAGUGUCUCCCUUUGUUUCUCUGUGUUGUUUCCUGUGUAUGUGGUUUUGCUUAGGCAGAAAUAACUUAGCAAAGUAUUGCACCUUGUUUUGGUUUUGACCUCUUUUUUUUUUUUUUCUUUCCUUGUAAUGUUGGUUUUUUUAUUUUGGUAUUUAAAGACUUUUUUAAAAAAACAUCAAUGUAGUAGUUCUCUGGGCCGAACAGGAGGCAAUGUUUAAUCCACAGUUAUCACCAAUACGUAUGUACUAUGUUGGAAUCAAAAUAUAUCAAAUUUCUUAUUGUGAAGAGAGUGAAAGUAAACCCGAAGGGGAUCCUCACGUGCUAAAUAGAUGGCGGGCGGGCGGGCGGGCGGGCGGGCGGGCGGGCGUGAUGUGUGCGGGGAACAUGCUAGCACUUGUGUGAUAUCCCAGUCUGCAUCGUACUGUCUGUUCAACAUGAAGUGCCGACAUUCUGUACCAGCAAUUACCUGCCCAUUCCAACCCCUGACGGGAGCAGACCUCUGCUGUCCUCUGUGACUUGCUGCUAUUGAGGACAAGGGAGUUUUUCUUUCUUUAGCAUCUUCAGUGAAGGAUACAACAAUGCCUAAUGUAUUUAACUUUCAGCUUGUGUCUUUGGUGUAGGUGGGUAGAGGGGUAUGGAUAGGAAAAAGCAAACAGACAAACAAAAAACCCAAAAUUGCAUGUAAGUGGCUUUGUAAGACAGUGAGUGGGAAAUUCUGUAGUCGUCUUGGCUUACCUUGUUGGGUAUAAACCUAGCUUCAGAGGAGGCUGACGGGGCACCAUUCCCAUGAGCACCUGUGCUUAACAAUCUGGGCGCCCUUGGCAGGUGGGUAGGCAAAUGAGCGUGCAGUUCUGGUUUGUUCCUGCAACACCUUGUUCUCAUGGACUCUGCCUUCCUCCUGCUCUCUGGUUUCCAUCACCACCACCCCCUCUCACCUCUGCCCUGCAAAAUGUCUCCUUCCAGCCCCACUGACUCUCAGUGUUGGAGCAGAGCUCUGUCGCAGGUGAUGACGUCCAGGUGAAGCGCCGCUUAUAUUCAGACAUCUGCAGACUGAAGGCUGAACUUUAGUGUCCCCAGACUCCUGGGAGCCUGUGGGGACUGUCCACUGCCGCUCUUGGUUCAUGGCCCUGCCUAUCCUCUCCUCUGCCCCUGCUCCUCUUUCUGCCUGUUGGGUCCUUGACCUGCACUAUGGCUUAGUUGAGUUCCUUACGAUACUACGGUGAAAGCCGGGUGCUAGAGCCCCUCUUGUUUACAAGACAUAAAUGAGGGAUUUGAAAUAUGUAAAAAUAAGCAUGAGAAGCUAAAAUGUUCUUCCAUCAUAAGCUUAAAGGGAAAAAAACUAAAAACUUAAAAAAAAAAAAAAGACCAAAAAGUGCGUGUGUGUGUGUGUGUGUGUGUGUAUAUAUAUAUAUAUGUGUGUGUAUAUAUAUAUACAUAUAUAUAUAUAUAUGUAUGUACAUAUAUAUAUGCACAUACACACAUACAUAUAAAUAUAUAUUUUAGAUGAAGACUAACUCUGGGAGCAUUUAACAGUGUUUUUGUUUUUUAUUUUUAACAUUAUUUUCCUGCUUUAAAAUUUGCAAGCAUUCUCAGGAAUUCUAGGGUAGGAAGCCAGUUUUUUGAAGAUGGUUUAUUUAAUUGUAUCUUAUCCUAGAUAGACAGCUGUUUCUUUCCUGUUAGUAAACUUUUACAAGUUCCUGAAACUUCAAAAAGUUUAAACGAUUUUUACUUAUAAAAAUGUAAAAAGAAAAGUCUCCAAACGUUAUUAUCAUACAGGGGAUCACACAUUUUAAAAUACAUAGAAAUAUUUUUUAAAAAUUACCAAUUUAGCAGCAACAGGUAAAUUCAUUAUCUUAACAACUGUGGGAGAAGGCUCAGCCAUUCUGAGUGUUGUCACCGCCUUGCUUGACAUUGUGCAUGGCUUACUGGGGGGGUGACUGUUGAGCUCGUAGGAGUGACACCACAUUGUUCCUUCUGUAUGAGGCUGGACUGACGUCUCCCCGUCAUGUUUCUGUUCUCCAGUGCAGCCCUUCUUCUCCCUGGCUCUCCAGCCCCAUCAACAAAAGCAAGGAAUAAAGAAAGAAACAGUAGCUUAAGCAAAAGGAUCGGCUCUAAACUGUGGCAGUGCGGUUGCUGGAUUGCUGAGAAUCUCUGUAAAGAGUUAGGAAAUAUAGGUUAAUAAUUUUUUAAACGAAUUUUAAAUAUGAGCAUUACUAAAGGAAAAUUACCUAUGGACUGUUCUGUUGGUGAAAAGUGUGUGUUUCGCCUCCCAUCUGUUACAGGAGGAGGAAACAGAAGAGUCUAAUAAGGAACAAGUGGUUUUACUUUUCAUUUUUUAUUUAGCUCCCAGCUACUGUUUGCUUGUUUUAAAUGCUGUUUUGAAGAUCUGCUGCUUACUCCCCCCAUCCUGGGAGGCAGAGAUGUGGAGUGUUUCCUUUUGAUUUGGGUGAUGUUGAAUUCUGCUUUUGUAUUCCCUCCUGGGGCCAGAGGUCUUGGCCACAGCUUCUUUCAAACUUUAAGCUUCCCAGUGGGAAAGAAACUCCAGCUCCACAGGUAAAGUGAAUGGGUGGGGUUGUUGCCUGCAUUCUCUAAAACCGCUUUAGUGCCUUCGUACAUACACCGACAUCCUAAGCAGGGGAUGCGUGUGCGUGUGCAUGUGGUCCAGUCACUCCACGGUCCACGGUCGGUAUGAUGCUUGCCUGUAAAGGAAAUUGGAGUGGUUCUGGACAGGCCCCAAAGGCAGUGGGCUAAAUCAAAAUAAACAUUGAGGAAGUUAAAUACAUUGUUUUGUCUCGAUAAUGCGGGAUGCCAAGUUCCUUCCUAUGUUGUGUGCCCUCCAUAGGUGCUGACCUCUCCAUGUGUAGAAGGGUGACAGUUAACAGCCAUGGGGAAAGUCUUUUUGUGCCGGGCCAGUGGAGGAAGGCUCCUGCUUCUCAGCUCCUGUUUCUGUCUUCUCUCUGCCUCUCCCCUUCACCCAUUUGUCAUCUUGCUGGAAGCUUUUGUGAUUGAUAGGCAAUGACCUAAGAAGAGGAUGUGGUGAGGGGUACCCUGUCUACUAAGACAUUAGGCGACUUUGUCCUACAUGGAAAAGUUCAGUAAGCAUAUAUUUCCAGCCGAUCCUGGCAUAUAUACAGAGGCUUGCUAGUCACCAUUAUAUAGAUUUGUUUUAUACACAUUAUAAGCAUGUAAGUGUGAGCUUUCUGUUUUAUUCUAGUUUUUUUUUUCUAACUCUUGAUUAGUAGUAGGUAGAGGUAUAUAUGUCUCGUGAGCAUCAAGGCUUGUUGUCUGACCCCCAUGGAUAGCCAAAAGAAAAGCACAGGUGUAGGAAUGAGUCUUCUGUCACUGGGGAGCCUCUGCUGCCGAUGCGACCCAGUGCCAUGACCCCAUUUAAGGGUUGAAAAAAACAGGUCUCUGACACCCUCUUUAAAACCAACAGAAGAGAAAGGACAGUCCCGUACAGCAUCUCACCUCUCAGCCCCUAGUUCUUGAACUUAUUUUCCAUUUCCAGCAUUUAUAGGACUAAACUUACCCAUGCAGCAGUGCUGGUCCACAGAACAGCAGCUCAAAACCAUACCACCCCCCUCAGCAUCCCCAUGAAGCACCCCCUGUGCUUUGCCAUUCAACCAGUUACUUUGUAUUGCAGUGGCUUGUGUUCUGAGAAAUGUCCCACUUCUGUUGUGAAUGUGGCAUUGGGGAUUGAGUCAAAAUUCAGUGUGAUGUGGAAGAUAAUGUUUAAGGGGGAGAAAGAAAGAAUUUGGAAGGGCUUUACUAGUGUGCCUACCAAAAACUGAAAGUUCACUUACUGCAGACACUUCACUCCCUGCUUGGAGUUCAUUGUGCUGGGGUUGAAACCCAGGACUUUGCCCAUGGCCGUGAGCACUCUCUGUGCCUGAGCCACACAGUUCUUCCAGCCCUAUGCCAUUGCUGUCCGUGCCCCCUUUUUCUUGUAAGGGAAAUGGUUUUGUAGGAUUAACGGCCAGGUUCUACUUUGACCUCAGAUGCUGUGUACUUUUCAAUUACUUUCUCAUCUUCUGCCAUUUUGACUCGCGUCUCUGUGUCCCGCUUCCCUCUCCAGUAUCAGCAGGAUGUUCUCAGCAGAUGUGGCUGAGAUAGCCAUCUCUAAGGUUGAGGCACAACUGAGUGGUCCCUUUCCUCCCUGCCCUCAGAGGUACAAUUCAGCAUGUACUGCUCUGACAUGUUACUUUGAGUUAGUGUUUUGUUUUGUUUUGUUUUGUUUUGUUUAUUUUAACUAUAGGAGAAGAGAUACAUUUUAGCUGGUUUCAAACAAAAACCCCAAACUUUAUUCUCCAUGUUUUUGCCAAGUUUUGUCACAGUUUUGAGUCCAUGAAUUAGCUACAUGUCUUCAUAUCACUGCAAAGAGAAACCUUGUUCUGUGGUCAUGCUUAUCUUCUCUGAGUGCAGCUAGGACUAUUCUAGCAUGUGUGUAAGUGAACUGUCCACCCUUAGACUCUGAGGACCACACAGAGCCCCUUUGCUCUUUACCUACAAGGACAGGGCUGAAAGAAAAACAAAACAACCCCAGAAUAUCCCCAGAGUUUGUUUCACCCUAUAAGAAUGGUCUAUAGGCUUGCAUCCAGUGCCAAAGGUACGUUGUAUCAGAGAUGGCUCCAGUUGUCAGCAAUAGUAUUCUUAUUCUUGACCUUAACUUUGACAAAGGGGGUAGCCAUACUGCAGUCUUUAGAUUUGAAAUCAUUGUCAACUCUAGGAAUCUAAAGACUGAGUAUUGGACUAGACUUGGUGGCACAUGCCUUUUAUCCCAGCACUUGAGAGGCAGAAGCAAGUGGACCUCUGUGAGUUCAAGGCCAGCCUGUUCUACAUAGCAAGUUUCAGAGAGACCCUGUCUCAUAAAGCAAAAUCUGAAUACCAAUCCUCUCUAAACGUCCCACAACAUCGCCCCCACUUCCCACUGGAGGCCACAAGGAGGACAUUAACAAGAUACAAGAUGGUGAAAGAGGAGUACUAGUCAGAGUGGCACUCUGCCUCCCAUGUGUGUGGACCCUGACCAGGUCCUGACAGAUGGCUAGUAUUUUCAUCUUUUGAAUGAUUUUUUAAAUAGUAACUGAGUGGCAGAGAAUGCCAAUGUUUGCCUCUGGGAUUUGAAAUGGGCCAUACCAGGAACGGGGGUACUAUCUGAACCAGAAGGCUCUUCAGAGCUCAGCACUGUUCCUCAAGGUGACAGACUUACCUUUCCACCAGCGGGGAAAGGCCAGAUAUCCUUUCUUAAGCCAGAAGUGUUCUAUUUUAAAUAAGAAAGAAAUAGUAUUUCCCUAGGGCUCUACCUGCUUCCCUUAGUGCUUAGGUUUCACAGUGUGAGUCAGCGCUGGAAACAAACUCUCCAUUACAGUUGACCCUUUUCCCAGUCAGUAUCCGAAAGUUGAGAUGACCUCUUCUAACAGGGAAAUCCCUUCUUAGAUCUCUCGCCCUUCUCCCUGGCUUCCUGGACCUUCUGGUGGGGCAUGAAGUUUUUCUUGGGCCACUCGUGGAGGUUGUAAAAGGGACUUGAGGCAGAUGGAGCAGCCUUACCUUCUGUGCCUGGCCUUACAGCAGGAAAAGGUGGUGGAGUGCUGAAUGUGUAUGCCAAAACCAAACCAACCCUUGGGGGAUCUUUGAAGAGGUUACAUACCUUGUAAAGGUAGGAUGGUCGCUCACCAAGUGAUGGCUUUUAGCAUGAAACUUCUUUUUGCCAGAAGUUUGGGGUUAUGUUACAAUGCUUGUGUUUAAAACACUGCCCCCCUUUAAUUCUUUCCAAGGAAUCUCUUUAAGUGUAGUACUUCUGAAUGUGCCUUUGUCAGCCCAGAGACCAACUGUGGUCUGUCAGAGGUUCUCCUGGCAGCCCCAGGGGCAGCUGUUGGAUUUCCAUGAGCACCCAUUUUGCACAGUGUGAGUUGUAUGGAAGAGAUUCUGGGUCUUGGACCAGGACCUUAUAAGCAAGGCCAGGGCCCAGCGGAUUCCACUGUAGUCAGCUGUCGACAUCUGCAUUCCUUAGUGUUCUCUCUCUCUCUCUCUCUCUCUCUCUCUCUCUGUGUGUGUGUGUGUGUGUGUGUGUGUGUGUUGUAAGCACUAGAGAUUUGGGAUUGGGAAAGGGUGAUUUUUUUUGUGACCCGUUCAUUCUUGUAAAGAAGGCAUUUCUGGCUUUGUGCUGCAGAAGGUGCUUUUUUUUUUUUAGUUUAAUUUUAUUUUAUUUUUACCCUCUCUGCCUUAGAAGGUCAUGAUUUUCCCAAAUGCAAGUCACAUCAUGUUGCUAUUUCUGUGAACAGGGUAUUUAUUGCACAUAAAGGAAAGGUUUUGAAAGAAUUGAGACCGGUGUUUAAAAAAGAAGAAAACCUCUGAAAUCACGUUGUAGUUUUUGAGAACUGUUGUAGUUAAACUUGGAAGUCUAUGGUCUUUUCAUGUUUCAUGUUUGUUUUCAACGACCCCACCUCCACUCCUAUUUCCAGUUUCUAAAGAAGCAUCUUAGUGGAUGCCCAGGGGCCUGUCCACCAUCCUCAGUGCUCCCCUCCCCCAGGAAAGUGCUCUCUAGAUUCCUUCAGCUUCAUUCAGGAAGACACUCACUCCUCUUGUUGCCUUGGGAUGUAUUAUUAUGCAAAUGUGAAUUUAACUAGAGGUUGUUGGAUUUGUUUUUAUGUUUUGUUUUGUUUUUUUUUAAAAAAAAAAAGUCUAAAUGUGGUCAUCCUUACUCUAUUUUAUAUCCUGAAUUUGUAACUAUGCAUUUUCUGAAAAGGGGGAAGGCAGGGAAAGAAGCCGAUUUGCAUCCUUAUGUACUCCAGUUUCUGUGUCCAUGGAAUCCCCAUGUCUGGGAAGGGAAGAAGAGGAGAGGAGAAGGCUCGCUAGGUCAGCAUAGUGAGGGCGAGAGGGACCUCCCAGACCCCAUCCUCUGGAAGGUCUGAUUGCCAAGCAAAUUUGGGGGAGAGGGGGGUCUGCCAUGUCUGUCCAUCAUUACGGUGCAGGAUUCUUGAUACUGGCCAUGCAGUGUUAACCCAGGGCAGCCAUGGAAGCUCACAGGCUCCAGUAUUCUCUGAACUCUGAACCCUUUCAAGCUCAGGAAACCAUGCCACACUCUGCUGACCUGAGAGUUCAUCUUCUUCUUUUACGUUCUUUGUUUUCAGUCAUUGUGUAGGGUACCACUCCUAAUUAUGAGCCGAGAAAGAGGGCUGUUCCCUUCCAUGUCUGCUCCCUGACCUCUGUUUCCCUCACCUGUACUGAGCUGGUGGCACAGCGAGUGAGUUGUGGGACACUGGAAUGCUUUCAUACUUUCUCUUUGUUGUUACAACAAUUCCUGUGUAGAGUUGGACUAUGCUAAGUCAUAGCGCCUGCAUUGCUCUGGUCUAGGCAUUAUUACAGCACGUAGUAUAGAAAGCCAGAGAUGUUCAGCCUGUCUUCAGUGUUUCCCACACAGCAAUCUCUGUUAUGUUCACAGUACUGUAAUGAGUGACAGACGUGAUCACAGUCUCCUUGUGUCUGUGCAGGGCUGCACAGGCAUGAUUGUAUCAGGGUUCCAAUCUGUUCGAUUGCCUUUAAACAAAAGCAAAACAACAAGAAAAUCCUGAUGUUUCAAGUGUCUGACACAAAAUGAUACCUCAAGGUAUAUCUCCCCUGCAAUGUAAACCCUUCACUCCUCCUUUCUUGACAUCAGUGAGCUAUUCUUUAUACAAUAAGGAUGUGUAAAUAACCAGAUAAGUCUUUGAAACAUUUUCUUUGCUGUGAAAAUAACCCUAAAAUAUGAUAUUUGCAUGUUAAGCCGUCAGAAGUUUCAGAUCUGAAUUCUUGUUGAUGAAGAAAAAGCAAAGCAGACGGGUGGGAUGGCUUUGGGUUUGUGGUUUGCCUAUUCUCUCCUGGUGUCCCUCCCCCGCCACAGCACAGGGCAGCAGACCAGUGACCACACCCUGCCCUAACUAAAUGCCAUCUCUUCCACCACCAAGGCCCCAGGGUGGGCAAUAUCUGAAUUUCUCUCUUCCAUAUAUGAUCCAUACCCUCCAGGGACUUCAAGAAGUUCUUUGCCGUGUGUGUGUGUGUGUGUGUGUGUGUGUGUGUGUGUGUGUGUGUGUUUACAUGUAUGCACUUCUUGCUCUUUAAGUGUGGUCCUUUAAUCCCCAGUGGAGUUUAGUCCCUGAUUUUUUAGUCUGUCCCGUAGCCUUUUUAGCAAUGUUCUGGAAAUGUAUUUCUUACUUAGAAGGAAAUUGAGCUUAGAGCUGACAUCCUUAAAAAUCCUUGUUGGCACAUGCUGCCUGUGAGGGUGCUGACAGCCGCUGCCCUCCUAGACCGUGGGCUCCCUUGAACAAGAGUAGAAGAUUCAUUUUAUCUCAUUUUAACUCAAAUCUAUAUCUGUUAAGAAGCUAUAGUCAAGAGUGCUUUCCUUGAUCUGUUUAAUGACGACUUCCUUUGAGGGAGGAAUCUGGUUGAAAGUGAUGGACAUCCCUUGCCUAUCUUCUGCGUGGCACUGUUCCCUUGGAUUUGACUUCUGUAGUUUGUCUGGAGGUCCUUGCUUAUCAGUGUGCUUUCUCCUAUCGACGGGGUUCUGCCUGCCCUUGUUUCCCUCUCUGAUGUUCCCAAAGGGCUUUGCUGAUGUCUGCACCUCUUUCUUGGGGCAUUCCCCUACUACACCCUUUGCACACACCAGUGACCAAAGUGUAUGCAGUGGUCUCAACACAUGACAUCAAAUGGUGCACGCACCUCUAGUGUGCUCACAGAUGUGCACAAGAUCUGCACCCUUGGCCUUAACUUCAGCACGACUUAAGGUGCAGGAACAUUUUUAACAGGUUUAAAAAUAACCUUUUCUGGGAGGGAAAAUCAAGCAGAUCCAACCGCUCCCCACUAUCUGCUUGCAACUCAUUCUGCAUCCAGCCCAGCCCAGCCCUGUUUUGCGUAACCAAAACCAACAACAGAAAGCAACCUAAGGAGAGGUCUCUGGACUGUUUUAUCUUUCUCCCUUUCGAUGGAGAUACAAAUGCUGCUUUGGGUUCCAUAAUCCUAGGGGGCUAUGUUUACAUAGUGAAACUAAUUCUACCAAAUCAGGAAACAGUGAGUAGUGAGAGACCCUUCAGUAAGAAAUCACUGAGGCUGAACCAGAGGUUUAAAGACCUAGGGAUGGGACAGAGGAGGAGAGAGAUCCUGUUUAACUCACUGCAACACCAGGGUCACUCCCUCCUCUCUGCUCUCCCUGGCCCUCUUUGCCCCUUUAAUCAAAAGGUUCAGAGAAAGACACCAGAAAGAGGCUGAAGUUUUUAAGAGGCAGCUUUCCAACUUUGCACACAAAUGGAAGGUACCAUGAAAAUCCUCUCAUCCGAAACACUCGGCAGAAACAACCUGUCAAAUCAAAAGGACUAAACUGCUGCCCACGUUGAUGCGCUCUGCGAGUUACCUAUAAGUGUUUUGUUUUCUUAUACUUGAAAACACUUUUACAAUAUUAUGUUGGUGGCUUUCUUUUCUCUCUUCUGUUGGGCAAUUGAAACUGCAGAUGACAAAUGUUAAGGCUGUUUGAGGGGAGAAAAGGAAGGCUGUGGCAUUGUCGUUUUAACAUAGAGGUUCAGUCAGACUCCCAUAGGGUAACAUUGUUCAUCUUACUGGUUUAACAUGGACACAGAAACUAGGCACUUUGGUGGUUCACUUGCACGGCAGGCCGACCCCCUUUCUAUAUUUUAUUUUACUUUUUUAGUAUAGUGGUACUUAAAAUCACUGGUUCACUUAAAAAACAAAUGUUAAACUCUACUAAUGUACAAAUAAGCUGAAAAGUUGCAUUUUAUGUGUAUUUUUGCCAUAGCAGGUACUGUAUUUCUCAUGCUGGAUUUCAAAAAAAAAUUAUAUAUAUAUAUAUAUAUAUAUCAAAAACAAACAAAACUGAAGGGUGGUGUUUUCUCAGAUUGUGACAGGUUGAUUGGUAAGGAUUAAAGUCGUAGUCAUUUCAUUAAAACUGAGAGAUGAUGUAAUGCAUAUAUAAGAGUUUUCUGAAGGGUUUUUUGGGCUUUUAAACAGCUUAUUUUGUUUUUUUUUUUAGUUUUUAUUUUAUUUUAUUUUGGAAAGAUAUGAUUGUAUUAUGUGCAACUCAGUUGCUUACAUUAUAACUACAAAAUAUUUUUGAGUUCCUGGAAAAAAAAGAAAAAAGACUAAUAAAUGUGUUUGGCUGCUAAGCA